AUGUCAUCAUUCAUCAGGACACUGUCGCUCCGGGCUCCGGCGAUGAUGACGACCCGGGCCAUGGGCAUCUUCAAUCGGACGGCGGGUCUGGGCGGUCUCGGCGCUUCCACUGCUCCCGUCCAGGCUGGCUCGAUGCAGACGACGACGACGACGUUUGGAGGCGCGGUGAUGCAGCAGGUCAGGGGGAUGAAGGUUCACAGCUCUGUCAAGAAGCGCUGCGAACAUUGCAAGGUUGUUCGACGAAAGGGUGGGAAGAGGCAUAAUGGGUAUCUCUACAUCAUUUGCAAGUCGAACCCUAGACAUAAACAGCGACAGGGUUAG